CCUUGAUUGACCUUGGAAUUCGCCAGACGUCCAUUCUUUUCAUUGUCUGUCAGAUGUAUGCCAUUCAACAUCUCCGCCCACAGUCACACGUCCUGGCAUGAUCUUAUAGUCCACUACACAGACGAUACGGAGUCACUGCGCUGAAGACCACCCCAUCAUGAGUGGCACUACUCCUGAUGACUAUUACGACCUGGGCACAUAUCACCGACCCAUAACGACAAGCAAUCCAGAAGCUCAAAAAUGGUUCGACCGGGGCCUCAUCUGGAGCUACGGCUUUCACCACGAGGAAUCGGCAGAAUGUUUUCAAAAGGCCAUCUCACUCGACCCGGACUGUGCAAUGGCGUACUGGGGUCUCGCUUACGCUCUGGGGCCCAACUACAACAAACCAUGGUCGUUCUUUGACGGCGUCGAGCUCGAGUCGACCGUCUCACGGACCCACGCGGCCAUUGAAUCGGCCAUCUCGAAGUCUCGGCGUACCACCGCCGUCGAACAGGCACUGAUCAACGCCCUCGAGUUUCGGUACCCGCAGGACAAGCCGGCCUCGGACUGCUCGAUCUGGAACCUCCCGUACGCGGACGCCAUGAGCGCCGUCCACGCCCAAUUCCCCGACGACCUCGAAGUCGCCACGCUCUGCGCCGACGCCCUCAUGAACCUCACGCCCUGGGCACUCUGGGACCUUCGCACCGGUCGUCCUGCCCCCGACGCGAAGACCCUGGAGAUCAAACGGAUCCUCGACCACGCCCUCACCUUGCCGGGGGGUUCCACCCACCCGGGCCUCCUCCAUCUGUACAUCCACCUGAUGGAGAUGUCGCCCACGCCCGAACGCGCCAUGCCCCACGCCGACGCCCUCCGCGACCUGGUCCCGGACUCGGGUCACCUCCGCCACAUGCCCACGCACCUCGACAUCCUGUGCGGCGACUACCGCGCGGCCAUCGCGGGGAACGGCGCCGCCAUGGCCGCGGACAGGAAGUACCUCGCGCGCUCCGGCCCCCUGCACUUUUACACGCUCUACGUGACCCACGACGCCCACUUCCGCCUGUACGCGUCCUUGUUCUCGGCGCAGAAACGCACCGCCCUCGCCACGGCGCGGGUCGUCGAGGACAACCUCCCCGGGGCCCUGUUGCGGGUCGCCUCCCCGCCCAUGGCCGACUGGCUCGAGUCGUUCGUCGGCAUGCGCGUGCACGUCCUGGUCCGGUUCGGGAUGUGGGACGACCUCCUCGCCCUCCCCCUCCCCGCCGACGAGGACCUCUACUGCGUGACGACCGCCCUCACCCACUACGGCAAGGGCGUCGCGUACGCCUCGUCGUCGCGCCCCUCCGAGGCCGUCGCCCAACGGGACCUGUUCCGGUCGGCCUUGACCCGGGUCAAACCCACCCGCACCUUGUUCAACAACACCGCCACCGACAUCCUGGCCGUCGCGUCCGCCAUGCUCGAAGGGGAGAUAGCGUACCGCCAAGGUCAUUUCGACGAGGCCUACUCGUGGCUCCGGGAGGCCGUCAGGCUGGACGACUCCCUCCCCUACGACGAACCUUGGGGUUGGAUGCAGCCCCCUCGCCACGCCUACGGCGCCUUGCUUCUCGAACAGGGUCACGUCGAAAUGGCCGCCAAGGUCUACGCCACCGACCUGGGGUUCGACGACGACGACGACACCCUCCCUCGCCCGCAGCGGCACCCCAACAACGUCUGGUCCCUCCACGGGUACUACGAGUGUCUCGUCAAGUUGGGCCGGCUGGCGGAGGCGAGGAUCCUCAGACCGCAGUUGAUGUACCACGUCGCCCUGGCCGACGUGGAGAUUCGGUCGUCUUGUUUUUGUAGGUUGAAGACCGAGGAGGUCAUGACUUGACAUGACACACCCAAAAAACGGUAAGUAUUACAUAGCAUGAACAAGGUAAAGGUGAUUGAAACAAAGGUAGAGAGGUAAGGCUAGCUUUUAGUCUCGAGGUUUCGAGGCAUCCUCGAAAGAACUGAGUUACAAAAUGGCACGACUGAGUAAACCAAUAUGAUAUACAUCAUGAAUGAAGAAUAAACGAGUCUAACCAAUACUCCUUUUGUUAGGCGAGUUCCGUCAUCACCCAGAACCGGGGAGCUCCCAUUCCAAUAUUAAAGAGAAAGACUGGUACAGAUUAUGUAGAAACUUUAUUUGUGGUAUUAUACAGCAAUACUCA